AUGACAGCCGGAACAUUCGAAGAAUGGAAGGCCGUGCAUGGAUGCGAGUUUCGACAUAGAAGAACUGCUGCAGAAAUCCACCGCUGUAGACGCGGUCAGCGCACAGACAUCAAACCGAGUGAAUGGAACAAGUUUGGCUACGCGGACAGAGACGAGGUGCUUCAUCGCGAAAUCAAGUAUGAUGCUCAAACGUUGCCCAUUCCACGUGUCAAACGUGGCGAACUUUCCGCUGAAGAGUUCUUGAAGGAGUUUGCGGCCAAGUCUCGACCCGUGAUCAUCGAGGAUGCGUGCUCAUCUUGGCCAGCUUCUAGCAGAUGGUCUCUUGACGCCUUAGAAGAAAGGUUCCGUCAUGUUGACUUCAAGGUUGGGAAAACUGACAAGGGCAAGAACAUACAGCUGAAGAUGAAAUAUUUUGCCGAUUACUGCCGACAUCAGAGAGAUGACAGUCCGUUGUACUUGUUUGAAACGAAAGUCGAUGAAACCAGUGCAAUGAGGCAUUUGCUAUCUGAUUUCGAGAUGCCGGAUCUUUUUCCCGAUGACUGGUUUGCCCUCAUGAAUCCCGAUGCACGGCCGCCUCAUCGAUGGUGGUGCAUUGGACCAAAGAGGCCCAAUUCAAAGGUGCACACAGAUCCUCUGGGGACAGCAGCUUGGAAUGCUUUGACUCACGGUGUGAAGCGGUGGGUUCUUUUCGAGCCAAGCACCCCGAAGCGCAUCGCCAAGGGCAAAGAUGUUCUACAAAAAGGUGAGGACACAGAGGCCGUCAUGUAUUUUGAUUUCAUCUUGCCUCGCUUGAAAGAAGCUUAUCCAGAUGUCAAAACAUACGAAGGGCUUCAGCGUCCUGGAGACAUCAUCUUCGUGCCCGGGGACUGGUGGCACGGUGUGCUGAAUCUGCAAGACUGUGUUGCUGUGACCCAAAACUACUGUGGGCGCGACAACUUUGAAACAGUUUGGUGUCGAACUCGUAAAGAUCGGGAGAAGGUGGCAUACCUGUGGCUUCGCAACAUGAGGAAGUUUGCCCCCAGGUUGUACAACUGGGCGCUUGACUUGAACACUCGUGAUGGCUAUCGCAUGCGUCACGAACGCAGUUCAGGUGAGAAGAAAGCCGCCUCGGAUACAGACUCCAGCAGCGACUCCUCCAGCAGUGACUCCACCAGCGACGAAGCAGAGGACCUUUCAGCAGAAGGCCUUGAAACCGUUUUGGGUACUGGUAUCCUGCUUGGUGACAGGAAGCGCCAGGCAGUAUCCUGGCAUGAUAUCGCUACAUCGUUGGAGCCUGCGCAGUCGCGAAGGCGCUACGAGCUGACAGCUCAUGACGAGCAAAUGGCAACCUUUGCCAUGGCAGACAAUGUUGCCCCAAGGUAUAUUUGCUUCCUCUGCAAGCGGAAAUUUGGCAGCGCAGCCCUUCUCACGAAGCACAAGCAGCUUUCCGAGUUACACAGACGAAAUCUCAGCAAGCAGGAGGAAGAGAACCAGCAGCGCAAAGAGGAGCUGCGACAAGCUGUGGCUGCAGUCAAAAGGCAGGUUCAGGAAGUUGACAUUUCGUUGAGCAAGCAAGAAGUGCCGGAUGAGGCCUUGGAAAGCCAGCGGAUGAGCUUGGACUUGAAGUGCCGGCAGGUCAUGGCAGAGUAUGGUCAAGUGCAGGAGAAGCUCGAAAUAAAUCGGCACCAGCAACUUUGCGAGCGACUCGCAGGAAGUGCCGACGGCGGCAGCCCGCCGUGGAUGCUCACGGGGGCGCAUGAGACGAGCGUCGGACGCCUGCUAAUGUCUGCAGGCGCUGCAUCUUGGCAGGGCAACAAGGAGGUGCAAGAAGAUCGCUUUCUUACGGAUGUUGAGCUGCAAGCACCCGGAGGUCAACGUAUUGUUGGUGUUCUCGUAUUCGACGGACACUCCGGCAGCUUAUGCGUUGACAUCAUGAUGGACUGGUUGCCGAGGAAUCUCCAGAAGUGCCUGUCGGCAAAGCCGACGCUGACGGAGGAGCAUCUGAAACAGGCAGUCACAGAGGCAUGCGUCUUGACAGACGACGAGUUCCUGAUUAAGGCCCGGGAGCGUGAGGCCUUAGAUGGUACCACGAUGAUCCUGUGCCUUAUUUGGCCUGACGAAGGACGCCGUGGAGAAUCACAGCCUAAAGGCAAAAGUAGGCUUCUGGUGGCUAACUUGGGCGAUUCGCGAGCAGUGCUCGGACGUCAGAAGGCAGGAAGUCUUGGUGCCGUUCGCCUUUCUGAUGACCACAAGCCUGGACGACCAGAUGAACAGCGUCGCAUUGAAGGCAAUGGCGGAGUUGUGGACAUGCAGGGCGUCUGGCGUGUCUUCACGCCCGGCCCAGCAACCUUCGGUGGGCGAAGUCUGCUUUGGGGUCUUGCAGUAUCUCGGGCCUUCGGCGACUUGCUGAUGAAGGAGCCACAGAGAUACGGAUGCGCAGGCUGCACAGGCGCGUUGGUGAGUGCUAUGCCGGAGAUCACGCUGCACGACUUGAACGCCAAUGAGGACAGAUUCCUCGUCCUGGCGUGUGACGGAAUUUGGGACGUAUUGGAUGAUGAGGAGGCUGUCUUGGUGUGUGCGGAGCACAAGACCGCCGACCUUGCGGCUCAUGCUCUGGUUCGGCGGGCCUUCGAACUGGGUAGCGAUGACAAUCUCACUGCCGUGGUUGUCGCGUGGCAAACUAGUGACAAGGCUGACACCGACAGCAAGAAGCCUCGUCUCGACUGA